AUGAGAAUAAUUCCGAAGAACCAUUGCAGUAUUGGUGCAUUGCUUGCGAUUACUGGUUGUCUAUGCAAUUUAUUGUUACUGAUUAUAUUUAUUAUUGGUCGUCGUCGCCAAAAUAUUUCACUUUAUUAUAAAUUGUUGGCAUUUCUCGACUUACUUAUUUGUUUUACCUAUAUUUGGAUGUUUUUCUUACCGAAAUUUUCGGAGAUUUUGCGGAUUGAAACAUUAUAUAUUCUCGUGUGGCAAGCAAACAUUUUCGUUUACACGGUUGCACGAAUGACGCAAUGCGCUAUACCGUAUAUUAUUAUUGCACAAACUGCUGAACGAUUCAUGCAUCUAAAACGAGGAAAAACCAUUAGCCGCAUUAUAGGCCUAAUUUUUUUAUUAUUCAAAACUGCCAUUUUAUUCCUCUAUUUUUAUUAUUUAUGUGUGGUUGUAAUCACUCAUUAA